CAUUCCGAGUGCCUUCUAGCACAUCGUGAAUUGCACGGUCGUCUACAGUAUCUGGUGAAGGUUCGCCCGGUUUGGCAGUCCGCUUCCUCUGUUCCCCGAGGCUGAAGCAGAAUACUGGAACAAAUACCCGAUCGAGCAACGCAACAUGAAUACCAAAGGCAACUUCACAGAAAGUCCGCGUGACCAGAAGACUGAAGCGUUUCUACAAAGAAACUGCAUUCUAUCGCCACCGCUAGCAGAAGUCGAUUCUCCUUGUGAACCUCCUUCUCCUAUGGAACCCGCACAUGAUGAUUGCGGCAACUCUUUUGAAGAUGUAUAUACACCAGAAGACGACAUGUUCGGAAAAUGAUAGUGAUUCUACCCAGGGAGAAGCGGUAGAGAUCCAGAACCCCGAUGGUGGGAUCAACAGCGAGAAUUGAGGUCGUGCUGCAACGUCACGGAACGGAAACCCCGCUGGACGGGAGGCAUAUACGCUUACAGACUCUUCUUCUCAUUUUGCGCAGGUCUUGCAAGUACCCAAACUUUGAUCACUAGAUCCUUGCAUAGAUUUAUGUUAUGAUUUUGUC